AUGGAUCAAGUUAGGAAUCAAAUAUUUUCUCAAGAUUCAACAGUCCCCGAUGACAUCCUUUGCGGGUUGACAUUUACUACCGGACUUUAUAAAUCCGGAUGUGAUAAAAGUCCGAAAAUUCAACCUUCAAGCUUGUAUUGGAUCCAAGACGUUCAUGAGGUUUAUAACGAAUUUAAUAAAUUAAAUGUUAAAGAACGUAAAGAGUGGAUUGAACAAAAUCGGGAAAAGGGACGUCAAAAAAAUGAAUACGGAUUUCCAAGAUUUAAAAUGUCGGUGGUUGAAAAAUGCAUGACCUAUAAUAAAGCUAUCGUCUCACCUUCUACAAACCCUUUCACCAAACGAGCUUGGAUUGGUUUUCGUAAUAAAUUAAUUCCAGAAUAUAUGCAAAUAGCCGCAAUGUUAAGAUCAAAAAGGCAAGAGAUAGAAAGACGUAUGGAGGUUGACGUCGCUAUACAGACGCGACAGAUGGAUAUCGUUAAAAUGAUCUUCACCUUAUUGCGACCAGAGAUGGAACGUCAACAAGAAAAUCACAUUCAAUCUGUAGCAAAUAAUAACAUGGAAAAAAGUUCGAACUCGUCUUCAAAUUACAAUUCAAUUGUCAGGAUGAAUUCCAUCUUUGAAAGUUCCAUGAUAAAAUUCUUACCCUGGUGUCCAUCAUUUCGUAAUCCUCCUUUUACGAAUCAAGAUCCACGUAACCUUUGGGACGAUGAUUUCCUCAUGAGCACCCUAAUCCCUCAACUCCGUGAAGAAGUCGAAUGUCUAAAGAACAAUCCAGCACCUCUCACGACAUUAUGCGGAGCUUUUCUUCAUGGCGGCCUGAAUAAUAAACGAAUUUAUAAAUGCAAAUUAUGUAGCCGUCAUAGUAAUAAAACACCAUUUUAUUCCUUCUUUGAAGUUAGAUUACAUUUAACAAGAAGUAAUCAUAAAGUGAGAAUGAUUGACGAUGAAAUGAUCCAAGUUUUUCCCUUUUUGGAUAAUGCGAGUACCUCUCAAAUAAUUCCAAGAAAUAAAACCGAUUUAUUCUUUGCGGCCG